AUGACUUGGCCUAGUCCAGGACCAUAUUGGGCCACAACAGUGCCUACUUGUGGAGACAUGGUCUGUGGCCCACCUGCUCCUAGCUCGGCCCAGAUGGCCCAAGCAGGCCGCAUGCUCGUCUCGGGCCAAGUUGUCAGGCUGUCAGGUAAAGACAAGUUGGGAUACAUAAAUAGAGAUCUUCCACAGCCUCUGCAAACAGAUCCUGCAUUCACAAAAUGGAGAACCGAAAACGCAGUGGUGAAGGGAUGGCUAAUCAAUUCUAUGGAUCCAAAGUUAGUCAGUAACUUUAUCAGAUUCUCAACGGCUAAGGCUGUUUGGGAUAAUAUUGUUAUUACUUACUUUGAUGGCACUGAUACAUCACAAGAGGAUAGAGUCUACACCUUCUUAGACGGACUUGAUGAUUGGCUUGACAAGAUCCAAGCAGAUGUGCUGCAGAUACAACGGUUCCCAACAAUGGAACAAGCUUAUGCACAAGUUCGAAGAGAGGAUUUGAGGCAGUCCGUAAUGAUGAUGAAUGAAGAUACCAUAUCUAGUGGUGCUAUGCUUUCAAGAGGAGGACAAAAACCUCAACACCAAUUAUCUUUUCAAACACCAUCAAAUGGAAAGCCUAACACAGCCACAAAACCAAAGUCACAAGGGGAAGAAGGAGGUUGCACACAUUGUGGGAAUACAAAACACACCAAAGAAACAUGCUUCAAACUACAUGGUUAUCCAGAUUGGUGGUAUGAACUCAAGGCAAAGAAAAAACGUGAAGCAAGUGGAGGCGACAAUCCUGGUCAUGCAGCUCUUAUGAGCGUAGAGCCUCAGCUAUCUCUUAUACCACAACAAGAAUCUUCUAUCUGCACUAGUGAACAGAUUGCUCAGAAUGACUCAGGUAACCAAGGUUAUGUUUUUUCUUGCUCGAAAACGGGGAACCAUGAUGGCUGGAUCAUUGACUCUGGGGCAAUGGACCACAUGACCUUUGACCCUUGUGACUUCUCUAAAGCCACCCAACUGAAACGAAUAUGCAUUGUCAAUGCUAAUGGAAUAACAUAUCCAGUAACAGGGGCUGGAACAGAUAUUCUCACCAAGGAGAUUAUUGGUUGUGGUACUAAAAGGGAAGGGUUGUAUUACAUGGAUGAUUUCAGUUAUGGUCGAGCAAAUAGUAUAUAUUCUGAUGGAGUUAAGGAAAGACAGAUUUGGUUAUGGCAUAAUCAGUUGGGGCAUCCCUCGUUUCAAUACUUUCAAGAACAUGGUUUGCAUCAUGAGGCAUCUUGUUCUCAAACACCACAACAGAACAGUGUUGUAGAGUACAAGAAUAGACACAUCUUGGAAAUCACUCAAGCUCUCUUGACUGCUACUUAUGUCCCUAAACGAUUUUGGCCAGAUGUAGUAAUGAUUGUUGUAUACUUAAUGAACCGACUGCCAUCACGAGUUUUGCACUACAAAACCCCUCUUCAAGUUUUCGCACAACAUGUGACGUUAGCAUCAGUUAUAAUGCUUCCUCCAAGAAAGUUUGGUUGUGUUACAUAUGUUCAUAUACACAAGAAUCAAUGGACAAAGCUUGAUCCAUGUGUUGUUCGUUGUGUUUUUCUUGGCUAUGCAGCUCACAAGAAAGGAUAUCGAUGUUACGAUCCAGUUACAAGGCGACUCUAUACCACCAUGGAUGUCACCUUUAUUGAAUCAGAGAAUUUCUUCACUUCUCAAUCUUCUCGCUCCUCUCUUUAG